AUGAGUUCUUCAUCAAGCUCUCGUGAACCUUCACCAUCUAUGAAACAAACUUUACCAAACGAUUAUGGAGCACCUAUUGAAUAUUUCUUACGAGCUGCACAAUGGCAAAGAGCAGUCUCACCAAGGUUAGGUGUUCCACCAGCUCCUGUCAAAAAUAGCAUUUGGUCAAGUCCUUAUAUAAGAUAUGGUCUCCCACUAGGUUUGCUAGCUACAGCAGGAGCAGUUAUGAUGUUGAAAAGAAA